AUGGCAAAACCAAAGAAUUCAAAUCCCCAGAACAAAACCACGUCCUCUCUUCCCACUACUCCGGCCAGCAAAAGACCAAGAGACUGCAACAAACACCCUGUUUUCCGAGGCGUACGGAAGCGGAGCUGGGGGAAAUGGGUAUCGGAAAUCCGGCAACCCCGUAAGAAUUCCCGAAUUUGGCUCGGCACUUUUCCAACUCCGGAGAUGGCGGCACGUGCUCACGAUGCCGCCGCUUUAUGCAUCAAAGGCGACUCUGCCAUCCUCAAUUACCCUGAACUUGCUGACAUUUUGCCUAGGCCGGCGUCGCUCAUGCCGCAGGAUGUUCAGGCUGCCGCCGCCAAAGCUGCAGCGAUGGUCCAUUUGAAUUCCGCUGGAUUGCCGUCCGAGGAGGAGGAGCUGAGUGAGAUCGUCGAGUUGCCGAAUAUCGAAGACGAUUUUUGUACUGAGUCGUUGAACGAGUUCAAAUUGGUUACGGAGUCAUGGGAAUGGUGGGAGUCCGUGGCAAUGCCGUUGGCGGCGGAAUUCGGUUCCGGUUAUUUUUCCGGCCAAACGACGGCGGAGGAAAUUUGUUACCCGAGCAGUUUUUACGGCGUUCUUUGGGAUUAA